ACUGGAACCAGACUUCCUACGGUUUUCCGUCUCCCUUUGAACGAGGUCAGACAGGUUUGAUUUUACCGCUCUCCCUGCAGUACCUCACCCCUCCAUACAUCUCCGUCAUCGGCAUCGGAGCCGUAGCGGCCGCCGUGAUGUCAUCAACUGACUCCGCCCUCCUUUCUGCGGCCUCCAUCUUCUCCUCCAAUAUCUACUCCAAGAUCCUGAGGACACAGGCGUCAGAAAACGAGAUCCGGUGGGUGAUUCGUAUUUCGGUGGUUUUAUUCGGGCUUGCCGGCACAUCGCUCACCUUCCUGCACACGGGUGUCAUGGCGUUCUGGAUCCUAGGCGGAGAAAUCGCCUACAUCUUGAUGUUCCCACAGCUGGUCUGUGUGCUUUUCUUCAACAUAUCCAACGGCUACGGAGCCACUGUUGGCUUCCUGGGAUCAUUUAUUUUAAAACUCCUGAGUGGAGAGCCUUUGCUAGGAAUACCUCCUGCCAUUCAUUUCCCAGGAUGCACCUUGGAGGACGGUGUUUACGUCCAGUAUUCUCCCGUCAGGACCAUCUGUAUGCUGGUUGCUUUUGCCUUAAUAUUGCUGGUGUCCUACCUGACUUCUGUGCUCUUCAACAAAGGACUAAUACCUCAGAAGUGGGACGUUUUUCAAGUUAAGGGUCCAAUCCAAAUCCCAACAAAUGUUGCUACUACUAAUGGAAACCACAACUCAGUACCACCGUGUGAGAAUGGAGACGUCUCAGAUCCUAUGCUGGAAUCAAAAUUAUGAAAUUAGCCAAACUUCUUAUGCUGUUUUUGAAACCGGACACUAAAAAACUGUAUUGCCUCACUUAAAAACAUAAAUAUACCUCAUCAUCUUGUAAGGGUUACUCGUUAUGUGUACUGGAGGGUAUGCACACAUUUUUCUGUUUUGUUUUCGCUUCAUUAAACGUCUUUGACACCCUUACAUUUCCCCACAAUACUCCCUUCACUGGUUGGGGAUUACCAGCAGGGAUACAGGGGGAUAAAACAUCAAAAAACAAUAUUACAAAGCAUAGGCUUUGGGUGCUCUUAAUCCAUGUACUGUAUGAACUACAAAAGAGCAGAUAGUGUUUGUUGGAAAAGGAUCAGAUUGUAUUUCUGUUUUUUUAAACUGUAGUAUGUGCUCAUGUGUUUCACUGUUUGAAGCUACUCCGCUGCUCAUGAAAAGCAGGUUUUUGAAAAACAUUGAAUUGAUAGUUCUCAUAUUUAUUUGAUUGCAUUUGAUAUUGAGGUAAUCCCAAAGUAAUCAUGUUACAUUACUUUUAUAUUGUGAGACUCAGAUGAGGUUACUGAGGUUACUCGGAUGUGUUCCUUAUGUUGUUUUCUAAAUACUGUUUGGUAUCCAGUGUUAUGAAUGAUUGUAAAUAAGAGAGAUGCAGCUGAAGACAGAGAGACUUUUCUCCGUUUGCUAGGGUUUGGGCUGCAGGUAACAAUGUGACAAAUCUCUGUUUAAAGUAUACCAGCAACUAUAGUGUCGGCCUGCAAUGCAUGAGAUAAAUACAAACAACAUGAUAUUCUUAAACUGUUUAUUCAUUUUUGAAUAGUGGUAGGCAGUGCUUGAAUUGGAAUAAAAAAGGUGCC